AGAAUUGCUUCCCCUAUAAAAAAGGACAACACCGUUUACGAUAGCACUUGAGCGUUCGUCUCUAAACAAGAUAGGCAACACUGUUUUGAAAAUUGUGAAUUCACACUUCAAAAAACAAGAAAUGGAAUUAUUGUUUAUACCAUCGUUGCUCUUCACGCUUUUCAUUCUUCAAGUUAAUGCUGUGGGGUCAGCUGACGUUGUGAAACAAAAAAAGCUCGAAAUUACCCCUCAAAGCUGUCUGGAUUACCUAAAACAAGGCUACACAUCGGAUGAUUUCUACAAAAUCUAUGAUUGCAAUUCAAGAAAAAUGAUUACUGUUUACUGCGACAUGACAUCCGAACCUGGAUCUGCCUGGACGUUGGUCAUGUCGUUUGCAUUGAAAAACAAAGUAAUAGAACAGCUCUCUAAGAAAGGCUUUCAACAAAAUGCCCCAGUGAACGAAAACUCGCCCAACUUUGACCUUUAUCGUAUGAGCAACUCUCAAAUGACUUAUCUGAAAUCACAGUCGACCCAUUGGAGAGUAACAUGCGAGUAUCCGAAGAUCAAAGUUGACUAUCGAGAUUAUGUAAGAGCAAAGUUCACAGAUUUUGAUUUGAUGACUUUUACUGGAUUUGGUAUUUGUAAGAAAGUGGAGUAUGUAAACAUCCGUGGUCAUCAAUGCGCUUACUGUACGUCAAAAUGGUGGCAAUUAUUGAAUAGAUACGCACCACACAUCGACAGCACUAUUGCAGGAGGAUGUCAGUUCGAUGCUAGCGCCGGUGCUGUACGUUACGAGGAUGAUUUUGGCUACUACACAACGCCUAACAAGAAAUUUCGUUGCACAACCAGCGACCUUUCCACAACCAACUGGUGGUUUGGUGCUUACAUAUAGUUAUUUGGUGAAAAGAAACGUUUCAAAACUUUUAAUGCAGUGAUUGUAGUCUAGUCUGUCAUGUGAAUUGAUACGUAUACCUAGAUAUAACCAUAUCAAUAAAACGCAUAUCAAUAA